AUGGCUGGAUUGAUUGACCCGACCAUCGGGGGCAAGUAUCCCGUCAUUCUCGGUGAUGGGCUCCUAGGAAAGACGUCCAACGAUAUCUUCACCGGCAUUAGAUAUAACCACAAACCCGCCCUCUCUUCCGACGAAGCCCCCAACCACGCCCGCCUCAAGCCCUCGCUCCCCGGCAAAACCGACUCGUACGACCUAUCCUUCACCGACGACGACGGCGCAUAUGCCUACGCCGGCUCAAGAAACACCAGCAGCAACCAAUAUGUCCUGCACUUCGACCCAGAGCGCAAGGCCUUUAUCCUCGACAAGAUCGACUCCACAUUCAACAUGAACGUCACCCGCCUCCCUGGCAACUCCGAUCCAGCUCGCCUAAGUCGCCAGUAUCCUCACCUCGACAGCAAACCAGCCCCAGCACCAGCACCAUCACAGGCCCAACGAGCGGGUGCCAAAAAGACCACCACCUCAAAAUCCACCAGUGCUAAAUCGCAACCCAAAGAACCCAAGCGGAAGCCGGAAAAGAAGCAACAAGCCAAAGAGGUGGCGCUCUCGUUCCCCGAACCACAAAAGGAGAAGCCCAAGCCCAAACGCAAUUCCUUUGAUGAAGAGGAGGAAGAUGAGGACGAUGACGGGGGUCUGCUCAUCGAGUAUCCUGGUGCGGAUACGACUGCGAAGCAAACUGAUUUCUCGCCGGCGUUUCCGCCCCCAAGGCGGUUCGACGACUUUAUGGAUCAGCGGGACUCGGAGGCAGAUGAUGCGGAUGGGGAGAGUGACGAUGAGCCAGACAUGGACUUUAAGCUACCUAGUCCGGUAAAUCAUCAUCGCCCGGAUCCCAUGGAGGAGGAUGCUCCGGAGCAAGGGCACGAUGAAGGCGAGGCGGAUGACAUGGAGGAUGAUUUGGAGAAGGAAAUGGAGGAGGCGUUUGAGGAUAUGGCGAACAGCCAGGAGGAGACGCCGCAUGGGGGGGAUGAGAGUGAGAUUAGUGAAGAGGACUAG